AUGCCUCGAUCACCUCAACCGUCAAAUGUUCCAACACCAUCAUCAACUCAACUUAUGCCUAUUGAUGCACGUUUUCCUCCACCAAUGUUACCUCCAAUAGGUACACAAUCAUUACCAAAUGCACCAAUAUUUCCUUUACGUACUGGUACUCAACCAUCAAUGUUUGAUGAUUCAUUAAAUCAAUCUCUAUAUAAAGUAAAACAAUUAGAAAGUCGUUUACAAAUGACAGAAAUAUCUAAUCGUGCUUUACUUGAAGAAGUUGUUCGUUUACAAACUGAAGUAUUCAAUGCUAUUCGUCAAAGUCAAACAAUUCUUCAAGAAGAACGUUUAUCUCGUCAACAAAUAGAAAAUAAUGUUCGUAUUCAAAAUGAUGUAAUUCUACAAUUAACAGCACGUAUUAAACGAAAUGAGGAUGCAUUUAAUGAUGAAUAUCAAUCAACAUUAUCAGUUAAUACAAGUGUUCGAGGACUUGAACAACAAAUAGCUGCUAUACAAAGAGAACAUUUUGUUCGACGUGAUACUCAAUCAAUUAGUGUUGAAGGAAUUCGAAAACAACUUGGUGAAACUAGUAUUCAACGAGAACAAUUAGAAAAAAUACAAUUAAAUUUAGUUGAAGAACUUCGUUCUAUUCGUAAUCGCUUAGAAAUUGAUUCAUCUAAUUUUAAUGCAUUAACGAAUGAAGUUAGACACCGAACAAGAAAAUUAGAAGAUGAUCAUCGAUUAACGAGUGAUCUUGUACGUAAACAACAAGAAACAAUCAAUGCUGGUGAUCUUCUUUUUAAUUCAUUUCGUACUGCAUAUGAUCAAAAAAUGAAUGAAUAUCGAGAUUUAUUCAAUGAAAUAAAAAGUCGUCUUGAUUUCGAACGAGAAGAUCGUCGUUUAGUUGAAGCUCAAUUAACAUCUAGAUUAAAUGAUGCUCAAUCAACAAUUAAUUCAACUCGUUCAACUCAAACAGAAAUUGUUAAAACAAUGGAAAAUAUGCGUCGAGAAAGUAUUAGUCAAAUUGAACAAACACAUGUACGAUUAAGACAAGAAAUGAGUGAUAUGAAUAAUCAAAUGAUACAACGAACAAUAGAUAAAUUAGAUCGUUUACGCGAUGAAAUGGAAUAUAAAACAAAAGAAAAUGAAAAGAAUCAUCAACUUGAAAAUGAACAACGUCAACGACAAUUACAAUCUAUGCAAAGUGAUUUUGAACAACAAAUUGAAACAUUAAAAAGUAUUAUGAAUGAAGAACAAGGCAGAAUAUAUAAUGAGAUUAGGGAAACAACAAGAAAAAGUGCUGAAUCAUUAAGAAAAUUAAAUGAUGGUAUUACUUUAAUUGAACAACAAACUGAUGAAAAUCGACGAAAAAUUGAAAAAGUUCUUGAUGCAGAAAUUAAAUCACGCAAACAACAAUACAAAGAAUUGGCUGAUACGAUAACAAAAGCAGAUGAAAAAUCAAAUUAUCAAAUUGGUACAAUACAAUCAUCAAUCAGUAAUAUUAAUACACGUCUAGCAGAACUUCGUGAUUUAAGUAAUAAACCAGAAAUUAUUAAUAUAAAUCGUCGACUUGAUACAAUCGAACAUACACAUCGUGAAUCUAAUGGAAAUAUUCAAACAUUGACAAAUCAUCUAGCUGAUCUAUCAUCACGUCAUACAGCUAAUGAUACACGUCUUCGACAAACAGAAGAUAAAAUCAAAGAAGAUGAACAAACGGUUCGUGACUUAGCAGCUCGUAUUGCUUUACUACCGACUACUGAAGAUGUUGUCUCUGUUCGACGUGAUCUAAAUGAUAAAAUUCGUAACGAUCUACAAAAAGGUAUGCAACAACAUGAAGAAAAUCUAUCGCAGGCACUUGUUAAACAUGAACAACGUAUUAAUAAUGUACGUGUUGAUUUAAAUGUGCUCGAAGAACAAAUUAAUCAACGUAUGACUCAGAAUGACCAACAAUUAGCAAAUCAAAUACGUGAUAAACACGCUGAUCAAGAUAUGUGGCGAAGAGAAGUUGAUCAAAAAAUGGCUCGUCUAAUGAAUUUACGAGAUACAUUACCACAAGAAAUUUAUAAUCUAAAUGAAAAAAUAUCCGCAAUACGACAAGAAUGUAUGAAAUUUUCUCAAGAAGAAAAUUUUCGAACGAAAGAUGAAAUUGAACGUUUACGUAAAGAUUUUGGACAUGUGCAACGUUCUAUAGCUGCUCCAUCACCUACAAGAACAGUGAAACAACAAGAUGUUGAUUAUCGACCACCGCCAUUACCAAGACCUGCAUCGAAUAAUGAAAUGGAUCCUGAUGCUCCAGAUGAAUAUAUAUUAACGGUGGAUAUUUUUGGAUUUUAUUUUAUUGAAAUACUAAUAAAUAUGAAGACGACUAAUAAACAACGAAUUAUAAACAUAUUAUGUUGGUAUAUAGGAUAA